UAUUAAACGAUUCGUUCGUAAUACCUCAAGGGGUGAAUUGGCACAAGAAUUCUUUCAAAAUUCAUUUUCUCAGGAACGUUUGAACCGCAUUUUGGCCAAAUUAUGUACGUUUUUUAAACCAAUAAAAAAAGACAGUUACCUACUCAUCCACACAAAGCAAUGAGCAAAUUAAAUAUUCGUAGAACAGUCUCAUAUUCUUGGAUUUUUUCAGGCAAAUCUCAAAUCCCCUAAUUGGCGACCUGUCACUCACAGUCAUUUUUUUGGGGCGACCAUGACAAUUUCAAAUCGCUUAAAAUCAGUUAACACUGUUACUUACUUAUCAAAAAUUUGAGUAAGUAAAAACUUGUUCUCAGGAUCCGUUUUGUCCUGUAGCUUGAUACUGCUGUAAUUUCUUCUUCAUCAACUCUUCAUUCUCUGAACUUGGAACGUAAAUUUUUUCCAGUAAUGCUUGUUUUCUUUUCAUCCGAUCAGUUUCGGACUCACUGUUCUCAUUUUCCUCAUUUGAGCUCGAUCGAGUGUGUAUCUGAUUGCCAAAAAAUGACAUCUGCAAAACACAGCUCAGAAUGAAAACAAUCUCCUUAAAAACCUAGGUAGGUAGGUAGGUAGGUACCAAAAGUGAAAUGUUUCAGGGAAAUCGUUUCAAGUUUUCUGGGAUUUUUUUUUUCAAAAUUCACUUUAAAUUGAAAUAUUACGAUGAAAUCAUCAAAAUUGGGGUCUGUGGGAGACUCCAUUCGAUUCUUGAAGAGCUCAGGUUUCGACCAUCAAGUACAUAUAUAGCUACAGGUGUCAGUAGGUACCUCAUAUCUCAGCGUACCUACCAGCCUACCGAUAUGAUGAAAUUCUCAUGCUGAUUGUCAUAUAUUUUUACUCCUACAAAUACAACUUUUUUUUGCACCUAAAAUAUUAUUUUUAUUAUUAUUCUAGAGUGUUCUACUCGACUGAUAUUCCACCUGUCUGGAAUCGUAUCGAUACGUUUCACUCAUAAUAGACUGUCCCAGUUUAGUUCGAGGGAGAAGAGGUUCUUUGUCAUUCGAUACGAUCAAAUUGAGAUGUGAUCCGUUACGCCACUAUAACCGUGAAAGCAUAGACAGAGGUCAUUACCAAUGAAAACAAUUAGGAAAAAAACACCACGAAAAUGAACAAGUCACACCGGACCGUAACUAUUUUAAUAUUGUUUGUCGAAACAGCAAAAAAUUGACUGGUUUUUUUGCUCCAAACGAUUUCUCGACGCACCAUCGUCGUCAGCUUCGCAGUGAUGUGCCAUUUACAGUACUGGUGUUGGUCUUCACCCAUAGUCUAUCGUUCGUUUCUCGGAGUGAAUUUUUAAUUUGUGGAUGAUAUGAGAAUGAAAUUGAUCGUUUGGUGUUUAGAAAUUUCAAUUAUUACUUCUAUAGUUGUGUCACAAAUUGCCAACCCUGGUUGGCAACAGUAUUAUCCAGUUAGUCAUUCAUGGGCACCUGCAAUACAACCAGGAUUUCAAAACCAUUUUCGUAGAGUGCGUAUGGGACAAGGCAAAUAUCGUAUGUUACCCACCGGAAACGCCGAAGUAACUUGCGAAUUUCCUGACAGCAUGUUGAUGAUAUCAAAUAUUAUUUGGGAACGGGCUGACAUGGGUACCAGAGAUUUGAGCACUCUGUAUCGCAGACACGGUAUAAGUCAUCAAUACGAUAUCCACAUUAAACCUCAUGGCAGUACUUUGCAUUUAUUCGAUGUUAAUCCCUUGGAUCGGGGCUUGUAUAGGUGUUUAGCUACUGCUUUGGAUACUGGAACGAAUCAAGUCGUCACCAUGUUUCAGGAUACGGAAUUUUAUCCUGAUUUUGGAGGUUAUCAUCAAAUUUAAUUAUGACGAAAAAAUAAGGUGUUUUAAUUUAUUUUUAAUAUGUUACGACCUCGCUUAAAAAAAAAAAAAAAAAAAAAAAAAAAAAAUGGUCCAAAGUUGGAAUUACAGUAUAAGUGAGCAAGCUAGUAUAGAUAGGUAUAGUUGAAAUAUGAUUUUAUUUUUAAUACAUUAUAUCUGCGAUUUUUUUUACACGUGAUGUGAUCUAAUCUGUAUUGAUUAAAAAAUCCAACAAUU